GCCGCCCGCCCGGAGAUCGGCGAGGCAGCGCCCGGCGGCGGGCGGGAUAAUGCGGCUGCCCAGCCCGCAGGCACCGCCAGCGGGGCGCCCCCGCCGCCAUGUCCCCCCCGGCCUCGGCCGCCGCCACCAGCGAGGGAGGCAGCAGCACGCCGGUGCCUCCGGAGGAGGAGGCGGAGGGGGCCCGAGAGGAGGUGAGGAAGGAGAGCGGCCGCCCCCCCCGGGGCUGCUCCCCACCACCCUCCCUCCUUCCCUCUCCGCCCGCUUUGCAUGGCGCGUUCAUUGACUGCCCCGCCGCGGGCCGGGCUUUGCCCGCACAGCAGCGGCCGGUGAAGCAGUCUCUCAGCAAGUCCCUGUGCCGAGAGUCCCACUGGAAAUGCCUGCUGCUGUCCCUCCUCAUGUACGGCUGCAUGGGAGCCAUGACCUGGUGCCACGUCACCAAGGUGACCCGUCUGACGUUUGACAGCGCCUACAAGGGCAAGUCCAUGAUGUACCACGACAGCCCCUGUUCCAACGGCUACGUCUACAUCCCCUUGGCCUUCCUGGUGAUGCUCUACGUGGUGUACCUGGUGGAGUGUUGGCACUGCUACACCCGCAAUGAGCUGCAGUACAAAGUGGACGUGGAGAGCGUGCACGAACGCGUGCAGCGGAUGCAGCAGGCGACCCCCUGCAUCUGGUGGAAGGCCAUCAGCUACCACUAUGUCCGCAGGACUCGGCAGGUUACCCGCUACCGCAACGGGGAUGCCUACACCACCACCCAGGUGUAUCACGAGAGGGUCAACACCCACGUGGCAGAGGCUGAAUUCGAUUAUUCCAACUGUGGAGUUAAGGACAUCUCCAAGGACCUCAUUGACUUGGAGAGCUACCCGGCCACACGGCUCCGCUUCACCAAGUGUUUCAGCUUUGCCAACGUGGAGUCAGAGAACUCCUACCUGACCCAGCGGGCCCGCUUCUUCACGGAGAACGAGGGCUUGGAUGACUACAUGGAGGCCAGGGAGGGCAUGCACCUCAAAAACGUGGACUUCAAGGAAUACAUGGUGGCCUUUUCUGACCCAGACAACCUGCCUUGGUAUGUAUCCCACUAUGUCUUCUGGGUGGCGGCUCUGCUGACCCUAUCCUGGCCCCUGCGGGUGCUAAAUGAGUACCGCACCUCCUAUGUCCAUUACCAUGUAGAGAAACUCUUUGGGUUCGACUAUGUGGCGGUGACACCGGCCGAGGAGCGCUCCUUCUGCCGGAGGAUGCCCCGUGUCAACACGGUGGACAGCACUGAGCUGGAGUGGCACAUCCGAUCCAACCAGCAGCUGGUGCCCAGCUACUCGGAAGCGGUCCUGAUGGACUUGGUGGGGCUCUCUGGCUGCACCAACUACUCUGCUUGCCGGUAUGGAGGCUACCGGCAGAACUGUGAGCGGUGCCACAGGACUAUAAGCAGCUCCUCCAUCUUCUCCCGCAGUGCCCUGAGCAUCUGCAACGGCAGCCCCAGGAUCCCCUUCAGCAGCAGCCGCUUCUCCCUGGGCCGCCUCUAUGGGUCACGGCGCAGCUGCCUCUGGCAGAGCCGGAGCGGGAGCCUCAAUGAGCAGAGCUGCCCCACGGAGCAGACCCGCCUCUCCAGCCAGGUGACUGUGGAGGAGGAAGACCCCCCUCCUUACCAGGACGCCCUCUACUUCCCCAUCCUCAUCGUGCACCGCAAUGAAGGCUGCCUGAACCACGACCACCGUCACCUCCACCGCAAUGGGUCCUGUGUGGAGACCUCACUGUGAAAGCCGAGGCCGGUGAGAUCUCAUUGUCCACUGCCUGGCUCGAGCCAGUGCAGGAUUUGGGGAGAGGAGCGCAGUGGAGGCAGAUGGCCUAGGAGGACAUCAGGAUGGAGCGGACGGAGCUUCUCGCUCCUGCAGCCAGCAAAGCUCCUCACACCGUAGCCCUGACCUCUCAGGGGGGUGAGUGCUGAUGCUCCCCCUGACAUGGCACAGAACUCUAGACCAACCAUCACAUGCAAAAAACAGAAGAACCCAAACCAACCCCAACACCGUAAUUCAUGGCAUCAAGAUCCAAAGGGGGGAAUAAAAAGACAGGCCUGAUGCAGGGAGGAGAGUGCUUUGGCUCCCAGCCCUGGUUCCAGGCUCGCUCGUGCUCCGAGGAACCGGCAGCCACCAGGAAGUGCCCUGCUGCACCUCUGCCCACCCCGCUGCCCAUGCUGGAGUGACACCCCUCGCAGGGUGCAAGGGAAUGGGUCCCUUGGGAGCGGCGUGUCACUGCCUGUGCCUACUGGUGUGGGGCAUCCAGGCACGUGGAGCUGAGCGACAAGGUUAGAACAAAGUCUGAAAGCCACAGAUCCAGCUCUUCCCCUUCCCCCCGUUCCCACCCUCCCCAUUGUUUUUAGACCAUGCUCCGACUGUUACUCUGUUCUCACUGCUGGGAAUGGCACCACCUCCAGAGGAUCCCAGGCUCAGCUCCUUAGGAAGCUUCAGCACGCCAGCGCUGAGAGUCAGCAUCCCCGAGGUAAAGGGCUUUCUCUUUGGGAUUACAGCAGGCAGGCAGCGCCGGGGAAGGGGUGAAUGUGCGAACCCAGAUGGAGUGGAGGUCUGCGGCACUUCUGAUCUCUUUGCUGGAGGAGAGCUCAGCUGGAAAGAGAAAAUGGGAGGCCCCCGCUGUGAGCUGGGGAAUGGGGAGAGGAUGGCACUGGGACAGGCAUCGUGGUAAUAAGUGGCACAUCAAGUGGCCGAGGUCCCUUCCUGGCUUUGAAGUGAGUCCUAAUUGGUUCCGACAAGCAUCGAGGAAGGUUCUGCUGCUCUGCCAAGGGAAACGUUAUGCCCAUGGAUGCGAUCUCAUCAACUCCCUCAAAAGCAAGACAACAAGCAGAUUGACCUCCACCACACUGGGAGAGGAGCCUUGUCCCACAGGACUACAGCCUUUCCACAUAGGAGGGAAAAGAGGUCCCAGGGACAGAACUGAACCUGCAAGAUCCGUGGUCUCCCCUUCCUCCUUGUCUCCUCACCUCUGUCUGUCCUGGGGGAGGGACAGUUUCUUGUGGAGGUCAGCAAGCUCCUCUUCCUGCAGCUCGUAAACAGGCUCUACUAAGAGGUACAUCAUCCACCUAUGCAACUCUUCCAGAAGCUGCCAAGUUUUCAGGAGCCCAUUGCAAUGUGCAGCAUGGCCAUCCAGCACUGAGAAUAAGCACAGUGGCUGCUGGAAAGCUAAGUGGGUUUUAUUCCUCCCCCCCACCAAGGAAGACUGUUUUUGUUGGGCCUUUUUGUUCGUUUGUUUCGGUUUUGCUAACUUCAUUUGGGAAAACUAAGCUUGUGAGAAAUUGGUGCCCAUCCUGAACUCUCCCUGGUCCUUCGAACUUCGGGAAUGGAUGGAUCCCCUACUGUGAUUAUAAUCUAGCAGAUUUUGUAGAGCAAAGUAACUUCACACACAGACACAUGAGGUUCUUUCACUCUCCAUCAGCACAAGCUGCUUCUGUGGUCUUAGCUACUCACAUUAGUGAAAGAAAAAGCCUAGCUAGAAUGUGGUGAGAUGACUUAGUAUUUUGUAUCAGUCCCAUGGUCCCAAUGUCCAUUAGCAGCGCCGUCAGCAGCUGUGCCAUGAAUUCAGGCUUUGAAUGGCAGUCCAUGAACCAGUCAGGGUGAAAACAUUUGGAAAAGCCCAAGCCUGAGUCUGUGUUUGUCUCCAGAGGCAGCUGCAGAGAGAGGAUCAGCUGAAAGCAGGCAUCACCUCCUGCUCAGCCAUGCUAGAGGCUAUUGGGCUGUUUGUGUUGCACCUUUCCUCCCAGGAUGAGCCUGUCCCCAGGGGCUGAGCAGAGGGGAAGGAAAGUAAUUGUAUGUGUGACCAAGCAGCAUGCAAGCACCAUUCAGCAGGCUGGGGGAAAAGUGACAGCUAGAGCCCAAAAUAACAGGAUUUCAUGUUUGAAAUGCCAAUGGCUUUUUCAAACUGGCGUGAGACCAAAAGGCCUUAACAGUGGCGAGAAGUGUUCCAGGUUGCUGUUCUUCCUUGCUGGGAAAAACAGAUUUUUGAUGAUGAGGUGUGGUUAAACACUCCAGCCAGCUCUGUUAGACGUGUGCAGUGCUUGUGGGGAAGAAUUGCUCAAGGAAGACUGGGAUGGUGGCCCUGUUGCUCCACAAUGGGGUAGGGUGAUCAGAAACAAAAGCUGGAGUUUCAGGGCUUCCUCUGCCCCUGGAGCUGUGACCUGGCUGUCCACCCAAGCAUGCACAUAUGGCAGGGUGGGCUUCUGCAUGCCCGUGUGCACACCCGGGACCCCCAGCCCUGCAGAGGGUUGAUGUGUUUGUGGCUGUGGUCUGGUGUCACCCGUCUGUCCUUGCAGCCAGGGCUUUGCAGGGUAACAGAGCAUUGCUUGUUCCUCGUGAGAGGAAACUCCUGACCUGGUUUUUGUGAGGAGAUGGUGUGAAGUGUCACAUUUGCUGCAGCGAGUGGCAGGGAGCAGGGAUAAAAGCAUGGUGCAAGCUGUGUUUGAGAACGAGCUAAUCCCUUGCUGCCUGAAAUGGGAGAGCUGCUAGAUCUGCUCCUGGCCAACACUGUUCAGCUCUUCUCACUCUCCCAAACCUGAUGUGCAAACUGUUAUUCCUCUGAGGUAGCCAAAGGACUUUGUUCCCUAACUCCUCCAAGGCUGUGCAUUUGCAUCGUUUUGGUCCUCUCCAUGCUAGCACUGUGGGCAGCCAUGAAAUGCCAGUGGAUGUGUGAUACCUCAGGCGUGCUGGUGGCCAGAGCCUGCCAUAACCUGCUGGUUUGCCUGCAUACAGCCUCCCAACAAUGCUCCUGCCCUGGUGUGCCUUGGGCUUGCUUGGUGGAGAGGCAACACAGCCGGGCCUCACUUGUGCAUCACUUUAUGUUCUCUCAGAGAAUUCCACAGCACUUCUCGGAGCCUUUGUAGGCAGGGUAAAUCCAACAGACCAAAAGUAGAAGACAGAAGGCCUUGACAUUUUGGUGGUCUCUGGGUUCCUAGUGCUGUCUCUUGGCAGGAGAGGCACAUCAGCUGUUGUGGCAGUGUGGGACCAGGGGACAGGGUGUCUUCUGGGUGAGUUUCCAAACAAAGGCUCUGUGCUUCUUUGCUGGGACCAAGGGCAGCUUUGCUGUGGGCUGAACAAGACACAGCUGAUGGAGGAGCUCGAUGAGGAGGGCAGAAUAGUGUGUGAAUGCACAGCAAGAUACGUGCAGAGGAGGGGAUGUUGAAGAACAGCUGUAAAAGGCUUUGCAGAUGUGAUGGUUUUUACCAAGACACAAGGCGAGACAGGGCUGAGGGCUGCUGUGCUGGACCAAUGCUGCUGCGAGGCACGGAGGGUGUGGGAAAUAGACCAGGGCAUUUGAUGGAGAAGCCCAGGAAUAAAGCAGGCUUUCCUUGCAGGCUGAGCAUGCUCCAGACUGGGGAGACAGGCAGGAGGCAUUUCAAAGCUGAGGUGCCCAGACCAAGCCUUGCUGUAUUGUCAGAGCAGCGAUGCUGCCUCCGAGCCCAGCACUGACAGCUCGAGCACGUGUCACCAAACAGCAAUGGCUAAUGCAGCCACAAGGUGUAAAUGUCACUAAUGAAUAAAUUGCCUUGUGCCUUGGAGAGGCCAAUCCAUCACAGCCGGGGACAGGGAUCUGACAGGCAUGGCUAUUUCAGGCGUAGCCUGUAGGGAGGAGGAACAAUUCAUUUCUGAGCCAUCCCCUCCACCUAGGGAAGCCGAUGCAGGGCUUGGCUCUGUGCUGCUCAGCUUCAUCCCUCUUCACUGCAUUGGAAGGAAGAAGCAGGAGGGUCUAGCUUAGCCAGAAGUGCCCUGUCUGCAGAGAAGUGCGUGAGCCCCGCCAGGGCUAGCUGGAGAGGGAGUUUUGAGGGAGGCUGCUGCACAUAGGGCACAUGCUGUAGGUGAUUGUGGGAUAAAGUGGUGUGUCCCCAGUGAUCAGGAGAGUUCGUGUCAGUUGUCUUUUCCUCCCCUGCUGUUGAGCCCCAGCCACCAGCACCUCAGCUGGCUGUGCAGAGGGCCAGCAGGUAUAGGGCAGGCAGGGACAGAGGUCAGCGUGGACAAAUGCAGCUCUGUGGGAACAAAGGGAGGCUGAACGGAGCAACCAUUUCCAUGCACAGCCUCUGCCCAUCCCCACGGCAGCCUGCUCCUCCACCCCCAAUUGGUGCUUGAAGUCAACCUGCCAUCCUCUUUACAGCAUAUGCCAGUGUGACACCUUGCAAAUCGAUGCCUGGGUCGCUGUGAGCAGAAGCCGCCAGGCUUGGGAAGCCAGCCACUGGCUCCUGCUGCUGCGUGAGCUGUGCUCAGAGCAAAAGCAGGGCUUGCCAUCUGCUGUGGGAAGGAGCCAGCCAGACACCCCUGCUCCGGGCCAGUGGGCACCCACUGGCAUAGUCCAAGUGCAAGCCCUUGUGUCUUUCCCCCUGCUUUACUUCCCAGCCACCCUCUGUCUCUCCCCAUGUCUGUGGCACAUGGACAAGGGGAUGCUCCCAGCUUGGAUGGGUUCCUCUGCUGCCAAAUGCUGCUCACGCUGCACCGGUGCAAGGGAGAGGAGACCAGCUCCCAGGCAAAGUGCCAGAGGUUGUUCUUUCCUCAGAUGGAGGCCCACGGCUGACCCCCUCCUCAAAGCUCUGCAGCACUCCUUGGGGAUGGAUCUCAUGGAAGAGCUAAAGGGCUCAUACUGGCCCUUCCCAGCACAGAGUGACCUACUGGUUACCACUCUGCAUGGUGGUCCCACAGCACGGUAACCAGACCUGGAGCUGACAAGUGACCCAGCAAUGACAGGAGUGUUCACACUCACGCAAGCUGCUGUUGCUGUCAGGGCUUUCAUUUUUUUACCAACAUGUAUGGCAUUUGAAGUCGUUUCGACCCUUGCAGGCUGCCAAAUAGCAGGCUGUUGGUCUUGGUGUGGGCAAGUGGUGCAGCCUGCUUGGUUUGGGCUUUUCUCUUUGGCUAGGAGAUAGAUGGGAGGGAAGGCAAAGGGUUGUCCAAGCAUUCCUACAUGUGGCAGCCGAGGAGUGUGCUCAGGUGGCAUUAACAGCCUUGGCCAUUUGCAGGAAAAGGAGAUGUGAAUAUCCUUGGAAAGCAAGUCAACAGUUGUUGUGGUGAUGAUAUGUUUCCCCAAGCCCUUUUCUUUCAUCCCUGUUCCUCACUGGCUCUGGCAGCCAGUUCCUCCUUCUGUGUCUGCUAGCAUGGCUGAGGGAUCUCAUCGCUGCCCUCCCAGCACGAGCCUUCAUUGCACAGCUGGCUGACCAGACGCAGCCCUGUACUUGGAGCUACAGGCAGGCUUGCCUAGGACCAGGCCACCUCCAUUAAACCCCCACCCUUGCUGCUGGAGCUGUUCCUUCAUCAGCCUGAUGCUGACCUGGGUCUUUUCUGCUGUUUCUGAACACAAGUUCUCAUCUCAUUCAGGUGUGUCAUUCAGUGGGAAUACUUUGUAAGUGCAAAUAAAAAGAAACAAAUCUAUUCAAUACCUCGGUCUCGAGGAUGGAAAGCGAGUUGUGAGAGACACCCAGGUAGGGAGGUUUCUCAGCUGCUGCUGCUGGUUAGGGUUUCUUGUGGACCGAGCCCCUGGAGCAUCCAUGACCUGUGAGGGCUUGGGACUGAGCCCCAUCAGCAUGGUGGCCCUGGCACGGCCAUGACUGCUGGGGACAGCCUCGCACUCCAUCCUUUCUGAUCUGUAAGGGCCUGACAUGACACAGGUAAAGGUCCUGUCGGCCGGGGGCCAGUGGCACCACAGGCAUCUGUAUCCAUCAGGCAGAGCAAGGCAGAAGCGGGUACGUGGCGAACAAAUUCUUUUGUGAAUACUGGGAAACAGUUUUUACUUUUCAACUCUGUCAAUAUGAUCUAGCUCUGUCUGUCUCUCUAUAUAUGUACAAACAGUAUAUCACAAUGUUGCCUUUUUUGUUGGAAAUAUCAAAGUACAAAGAUUGUAAACCAAAUCGGUGUAAUAAAAGUUUCGGAUGAUUCACUGA